AUGUCCUCCCGUGCGCUGUGGUCCGUCAGUAGAGAUCUGAAGCGAUGGCAGAGGAGGUGGUUCGUGCUCUACGACGACGGUGAACUCACCUACUCUGUUGAUGACCUGCCUGCGACCAUCCCGCAAGGAGUGAUCGACAUGAACCGCGUGCUGGAGGUGUCAGGUGCCGAGGAUGUCACGGGCAACCAGUUCUCGCUGGCGAUCACAUCACCUGAUCGUGUCACGUUCGUUAAGGGCACGUCACGGGAGGAGAGCCGGUGGUGGCAGGACGUACUCUCCGUCUUUCCUCGCAUGCACAAGCACGGACGCCAUAAGCGCAACGCCACGUUCCCCGGCAUCAAAGGCAGCAGCGCCCCAGCCUCGUCUGCCGCCGCGCAUCCUGCCGCUCGGUCAGGAGCUGCAGGGAGAGUGCCCAGCACGCUGGAGUCUCCAGUGAGCCAGCGCGUGCGGUUCCACAGCAUCAGCUCAGACCUGCGCGGCAACAGAAGGCCUUGUUCCGCCCCAUCCCUGGACACUCAACAGUCUCUGUUUACACAUCAACAGCAGUUCAGCGGCAACAGAAACUCCUCGGGGCGGCAGUACGACAGCGUUACCGAGAGUAGCAAUGGCAGCGACAACAGCAACGAGGAUGAUGAUGGUCUGUCAUCUACGAAAAAUAUUGAUAAUGACGACGACAUUGAAAAGAAAAACCAGAUCAACUCCUACUAUUCAUCCAGGCUUCCAGGGUCACCGACUUCACAUACUAUUGGCAAUGAUUCCGCAGGCAAUGGACUUGGAAAUAACAUAUCGUCGAUCGUUAGCUCGACUGUAACACCUUUCAACAGCCUUCAUCAUUCAAGAUCUAACCCCAUUCCAACGCCAUCGCAAACGCCUUCCCCUCGAGUGGGGAUGACCACUUCCACAGCCCCUAUCUCGCCUACGAUCCUUCCAUCGACUCCCCCGAGACUUGUUCCUGACGAUCAUAAGGAGAACACACCUCCUUAUGUUCCUGCGUACAGCGACAACCCGCCCACAUCAGAGAGCCCCCCCACACAAGACAAGCAGACUCACAGGCUCAGGACUCGCCGCGCUUUGAACAGAGAAGCCCGCGCGUUGUCCCAGCCUGGCAGUAGAGAAACUAGUUCUACUCACGGUAUGACAUCUGUAGCUCUAGUGCGUAGCGCCUACGUUGCAUCUCAGCUGCACAAGAGGCUGCCGUCUGGCAUCGACAGAUACAGAAGUUUACCAUGUACUACAAGCCGUGAUUCUGAUUCAUCAAACAUGUUUACUAACUCCGAUCUUAGAACAAAUCCAUUUGUUGACUUUAGAAGCCGAGCUUUGUCGAUUCCCAUACAAAGUGAUUUUGGGUCGUCCCCGGCUACUGUUGAACCUGAUGGAACGAAAAGGUUGGCCGAUGAAUCAUUCAAAAAUGUUUGCAAAGCUCCUCUUGACAGUCCUGUAUUAGGCAGCUCUUAUACUCCUGUAUAUCAACCAAGAACUUGUAUGCCCCUUAAGAGUAUUUUGAAGAAAUCAGCUUCUGCGAGCUCUUUUGCUACGUAUCGACCUAGAUGUGACUCUGGGUCAUCGAACACAUUUCCGUCGCUGGAUGGCGCCUCGUCUUCUACCGACGACAAUCAAGUGUUCGAUUCUAAACCAAAGACAACUUUUUUUCCUUCUACUGCUUCAUCCUACGUGAAAUAUUCGCCGGUACCCGACAUUCUUAAAGACUCCAUGUCUCUCAAGCCGUCGUCGGCUAAACCGAAACCAGAAAACGAAAACCUCCGUCGAUGCGACAUUACGCUGGAAAGAACGCAUUCCUCGUCUCCAUCUUCUGAUGCUUUCGAUUUCAAAACCGAAAGUUCUCGAGGAAGAAGUACUUCCUCAUCCACGUACUUACAUGGCGAGCUUGAGACCAGUACAGCACUGGCAGACCUGGAGGCCAGUAAGAGGGAGGCCAAAUUGAAGGACAUAGCAGCGUCCAUCACCACGACCUCCUCCAGACGUCGCCAGUACCACCAUCUACACCAUCAGCAGAGCAACGUGGCCGACAAACCGACUCGUGACCGCGACACCGACGUCCUGAACACCAAUAGCGACCCAACCGACAUACCGCCAUCGCAGAUGCGCGGUGCCCCGGACGGGUGUGGCGGCACUGACGAAGGAGGCUCCGUAAGCCUGCCGCGCGUCGACCUCCCAGCGGAGGACCUGCUCUUCAUUAAGAAGGGCUGGUUGCUGAAGGCGGGCGAUAACCAGGAAUGGAACAAGUACUGGUUCGUGCUGCAAGGCGCCGGCCUUCGCUUCUACAGGAAUUCCAGCGCCGAGGACAACGGCAUACUGGACGGCAUCAUCGACAUGGCCACCGCUGAGGACAUACAUAAUGUCGACGUCGCCAGAAAUUAUGGCUUCGUCAUCAAAACGUGGUCGGAGAAACAGUUUGUUUUCUCUGCCGUGACCGCGGGCAUCCGCAACAACUGGGUGACGGCACUGCGGAACGCCGCUGGGCUCAAGGCUGUCAAGACCACGUUGGAAAAAGAAGCGCUUCAGAAAACUGCGACCAUUGAAAGCAUCGCAGCCGAGCGCGACAACUCUACUGUAAACAAAAGUUUGCUCUCGAACAACAAGAAAAAUGCCUCCCAGCUCAACAACUCUGGCUCUAAACUUGAGUCUUUCUCCACUCCCAACGGUGCGCCUAAGUCUAACUUCUCUUCAAGUGAAGCCGACAUCUGUAAGCCCUUCGACGGCAUUAAAGACGAGGAUGUUGGUGAGAUACGCAGCCCGUCUCGAGUUGCUUUGUCGUCUGAUGAUGAGUACAAAACAGCGUCCGAGACAUCGGGGGUUAGCAACGUCAGCAACGAGAACGCUGAAUUCUUCGACUGGGAUGGGUCACGACUUCCGCACUCCACCAGCAGCCCCGUUAGAAAGCCUCGGUCUCAGUCGUCCCCACCCAACUCCCGAAGAACAACCGCUGAUACUUUCCCGACUUCGGAGAGCCCAUUCGGUCUGGGCAGGAACCUUCUGGACCGCUACAGAGACAUGCAAAAUCUCACCGUCAAGCAGAACAUUCCAAAGACUUCUAUUUCUGAUGAAGUUGAUUCACAGUCGCCUUGUGGUCGUGGUAUCGACGGCCACCCUUGCGCCGCCCAGUCGACCUGCGCAAAGUUGUCCAACUUGCCGACCGGCGUCUCGUCGCUCAAGUUGUCCGACUCGCUCAGGUCGCUGGACUUGGAAGGCUCCAUCAAUCACGAGAAGGUCUCUAGCUCCGGCACGCUCGCGUCAGGCAGCGGCGACGCGCUGCUGGUCGACCUGCUGGAGACGCAAGUGGAAACUCUCAAGGCGAAGCUCGAGGCUACUCAGGCUGACUUAUUGGAGCUGCACAAAGAGCACGUGGCUCUGCACCAGCGCGUGACUGUCGCUCCAUACUCCAGGGGCUGUCAUGGAGCUCUCCUCACGGCACCUCAGAUUGCCCCCUCAAACGCCGAAGAAAGUCCGCCUGAAUCACUGCAGGAGCUCGAGAGUGUGAGAUCAAAGUUGAUGGCUGCCGAAGCCAACCUGGCCGAGACCUUAGAACAGCUCUCGGAACUACAGAACUUGAAUCUCGAUUACGAAAUACAGCUACAAGAACUGCGCGACGGAAAUCAAGUCGUGAGAAAUGAGUGCGAUGAAUUUAAGGAAGAAGCAAUAAGAUGUCGUAAACAAGUUGAGGAACAUUGUGCUACAAUUCUCCAGCUUCAAGCUUGUGUGGAUGAAUCCGAUGACCUCCUCUCGCAAUUCCGACACCAGAUUGAGGUGAGGGACAAAGAAUUGGAUGCAUUACGACUAGAGUUUCUUGAUGCCCAGGCUUUUUUCAACGAAAAAGAAACUGCAUUGGAUGAAAUUCAACGCAAGUUCGUUUCGGAGAACCUAAUAUUGAAAGAAAAACUCGAGGUGACUGAACACAUGCUUUUGGAAGAAGAACAGAGAAAUGCAAGAUUGGAGGAAGCCACGCUUGUCGCUGACGAAGAUAAUACUAUAGCACGAUCUCAAAUGGAAGAAGUUCUGACACGAGCUGACUUCUUGCAAGGAGAGGUGGAUCGGCUCGUGGAACAAGUAAACAUCAAAGACCGGCAGCUGGUAGAACAGGCGAACGUGCUACGUGAACUUCAAUCAAAACACGAGCAAGAGAAAGCAGCCUGGCGAGAGGCCGCUGAGGGAGGGAACGGUCAUCUCGACACCGUCCGGCAGCUCAAGAGCUCACUGGAAGAGUCGGAAAGACGCGUGACGGCAUUAAGGGCUCGGCUGGAUGAUCGUGACGUCACUGAUGGACUGAGGGAACACAAGACCCCCGCGUCGCUGCAAACCGACAACUCUGCGCUACUUGCCCAGCUCAACGACUGCAAGAAUGAGAUCGUGCAGCUCAAAGAAAGCAUUAAAUGCGAGAAAAGUGAAGUUUACAAAUGGAAGGACCUUGUCAAGGAGCUCAGGUCUCUACUCGAUGGACGGAACAUCGACAUGGACAGGAAAAGAGAAGAGAUUCGGCAGGCUCGCGAGAGUCUUCGCAUAUCUCAGCAGGAGCACGAGGUGACCAGAGACAGACUGCAGCGCGGCAUUGAAGAGAACGAAGCUCUCAGCGCCAAGCUCAGGGAGCUGCAGAGACAGCUUACGCCACAUGACAAGCGGACGUGCUCUGUGACGUCAGUGUACAGCAGCCGUGAAAAGUUCUCAUCGCGCCGCCACUUGCCGCUCUUCGACAGUCUCAGCGACCUCAGCAACGUCGACUUCUCUCUCGACCCUGAAGCUAUGGACCGAGAGACACUCAACGACGAGUUUUGCAACGUUCGCUCGCGACUCGAGCUGAGUUUAAGUGAAAUACGCGCGCUCCGGCGCGAGCUGCGCGAGAGUCAGAGUGAGCACGACGCACUUCAGCUCACGCACAUUCAGCUCGGUCAGGACUGCGCUAAACAGCGUCAAGAUGCUGAGGCUCAGCUUGCGCUCAUGACUGAAAGAGUGCAAGACCUCACAAACAAGCUCAGCAACUCGGAGAAACAGGUUCGUCAAAUGAAGACGAAGAUGACGCGUGCCGAGUCUCGUGAUCGCAGACGCACGCAGUCGCUGCGCGGCAAAGACGCCGCCGGUGUGGGCAGGGAUGUGGACGCUAAGCUGUGUCAGCUCGAGGCUCGCAUUGACCAGCUCAUGCCCACCAUCGAGACCGCCGACCGACCACAAUCUUCUAUUCCGUCCAUGGAAGACGCGCGACUAAGUGAGAGCCAGCGUUUAUCCCUGCACUCCAAGAGCGGCAGAACAACAAAGCGCUCUAAAAGUUUCGACGACCCGACCAAAGCGUCGAGGUUGCGUCGCAAAUCACUGGAGAGCUCGGCGGCAGCAGGCGACGGUGUUACCGCUGCGCUAAGAAUAACAAAACUCGAAUCUAAAGUCGCCGCCCUAACUCCCGCUCGCAGUUCAUCUCCUUCACGUACCGGAUCACCUGCAGACUGUCCUUCACUAGGAGGUCGCAGUAAACUAAGGAGCAGCGGAGAGCGCUACAGCCGAUCACGGCGCGGUGGUGCCGAAGUUGAACCUAAUCUUUCUAUGGAAACGCCUGGUGACGUCUUGCCUUCCCUUUCUAUGCAGUUGGGCGAGUGUGUGGAAUUGUUGGACGCAUACCGAUGCUCUUGUGGGCGAUCAGACUUGUCUUUCUUACGUCAUCGUCUGACAGCGGCCUAUCGAACGGUAGCCGUGGACAUGCCACUGCCUCCUGCUCCUGCGCCUCUAUCGCAAGCAUCGGAGAAACUUUUACCGGUCGUGCAGCAGGUUGUUCUUUUACUUCAACAGAAAUUGAGCUCCUUGAACGAACGUCGAAAUAAUCUAAAGAACAGCAAUUCAUGGACGAAGGAAGCACAGCUCAAAAACUUUGCUGAAAGAAUUGCAUACGAGACAGUUCUAUUGGGUCAAGUUUUGCAGGCCCUUAGAAUAUGUAAUCAAUCUCAUUGUAAUUCAGAAUCAGUCAAAUUACAAGACCUCAUGGAAUCUCACCGGAAGAUUGCUUUCUUGGAAAAGAAAUUAACUAAUCCUGAGUUUGACUUGGACACAAUGGCACCGCUAGAAUUCUAUACGAGUAUGCUUGCGGAGAAGCUUGUCGUCACAGGGGAAGUGUUGUCUAGUGUCAAUACUCCAGACUCACAAGAACAGAACCCGGUUCUCAGUGCAACGUGCCGUGACUUACAGUUGCGUUUGCUCGAGCGUGAGCGCCAAUUGGCACAAUUAAUCUUAAAUUACAAAGAGGAGAAGCUCCAUGAAAUUGCUGUAGUCAUGACGCAAGAACAGCGAUGUAGUGCACCUCUCGACGAGUCUAUUUUGCUUGAAGAAGUUAGAAUGCGAGAAGCGUGGGGCAGAGCGCAUCGGUUGCUCGUGCAAGAACUGAUCAGUCAUCAGACCUCUCAGUCGUUGUUCCGUAUGACACAUAUGCUUAACUUGAACGAUGAGACGGUCUGUUCUGCUCCUACAGCCUCGUCUUUAUCCUUAACAUUAUGCUCGGCAGAAGCCAUCGAUCGGUUACAAGCCGCUGCUGAGGAGUCUCUGAAGCAAGAAAUGGAAGAGUCAGUGUUGACUUUGUCGCAGAAAUACGAAGAAAUUCUGGCCCAGCAGAGAGCUGGUGACACUUCUCUCAUCAAUUCCGUGUCAGCCAGCAUGGAAGAGGUGUUGAAUGAAUUUGCCGGCAUUAUGGCUCAAAAGGCUCUCAUCGAUGGUCAUUUGGCGUUGUUGCAAGAGGAAUUUGAUAAAGGUUCUCUGCCCACCGCUCAAAAUUCAUUGCAAAUAUCCGAAGAUAACAAAGACCCAAUUGAAUCAGCUGUUGAUGUUCUAGAUAGUGAAGCUCAUCUUCUCAUGUUUUUAGGUGGCAAAGAUUCUUCGGUUGAAUCAUUAGUCAAACCUGCACUUUCACAUGCUGAGUUUACUUUCUUGUACAACAAAGGAGUCCAACAAGGCAAUGAAGACGCCGUGCAAGUUUUGUCCCAAAUUUUACUGAAGAAACCUGAAGUUUCAGAAGUUCGUGCGCUAGCGUCAUCGUCGAGCUACAGAUCGUCAUCCUUAUCGCUACAGCAGGCGUCUCCUGUCGCUUCAGAUCGGGACCUGGAUGUCAUUGAACAACCUCGUUUAAGAACUGCAAUUUCAAUGUCCAAAAUUAAUCCUUCGCCAAAGUCUCGUCGCAAACACGAAACAAAAAAAUCUCGUCGGUCUUCAGACAUAACAGGGAUGACAGUUCCAGGCUGUAAAAUGUGUGAGGAACUUCGUCACGAGCUUGCCAAACUCAAGAAAAAACAUCAAACCCAGGAGAGCAAGUGUGACAAUUGCCCGAAACUGUUGGAUACAAUUGAACGUUUGGAGGCAGCGCAACGUGCUCGAGUUGAGCUACUGACUCCGACCGAUAGCGAUCAAACUUUGGCUGAAAUGGAGAACAGGAUUAUGGUUCUGGAGGCAGCAUAUGAAGCGAAAAUUGCAGCACUUGAACUCCAGUAUAAGCAGGCUCUUGACAACCAUCCUGAUAGCGGUGACGAUACCAUCAGGAAAAGGUAUCAAAAAGAGAUCAUAGAAUUGAGGGGACUGUGUGAGAAGGGCUUAGGAACAAUGGAGAUUUCCACGCAGCGUAUAGUGGCUGAAAUCAAAGAAAAACAUCGCCAGGAGUUAUCGCUCCUGCAGGCAGAAAAAGAACAGGCGUUGGCUGAAGAGACGCACGCCACGUUGGCUGCGCUCGACGCCAUGCGCAAGGCUCAUGAGGCCGAGGUUCAACGCGAGGUCGCUAAAAUGAGGGAGGAGUUCAUAUCGAAGAUGCAAGCUGGUCAAGACUUCGGGGAAAUGUCGCAACGCCACGAGACCGAAAUGCGCGAUAUCAGGAGAGAAAUUCUCUCGCUCUCGGAGAAGUAUUCGGUGAAAUGUUUGGAAUCAGCUGACCUGGAAACUAAAGUAGAUAAUCUAGUGAAGCAACUGAAUGAAGCCUGCAAAACUAUAGCCGAUCUUGAAUCUAGGAAUACGAAACUCAAAGCUCAGCUAACGGAGAAAAUCUCUUCGCUCAAGGCAACUACCACUCCGGGAGAUACUGAGUCUGAACUGAGACUGCGUGUUGCUGAAGCCUCACUUAAGGAUGACAAACUUGCUAAAAUGGAAGCAGAGCUUCAAAGAGUCCAGUCGCACGAGGGCGAAGUUUUGGAAGUUUGUCGUCACCUACGUCAUUUUUUGAGAAGUGACAGGCCGAUCAUGGCCACUGAUCAACUAUCUGCAGUUACUGACAGACUUGAACACUUGAUGCUGACUGCCUCGACGGCGCUGCGAGACAACACUGAGGGACUCAAGCAGCCGAGACAAACGCGGCCGUCCCUGAGGCGACCUAAAGUCUACUCCAGCAAAGAAUUGACCCGCUCGCCGAGCUGUCCCCGUCUCGGCGCCCACCCUCCAAGGUUGUCGUGCCCGACAACAGCGAUGGAUGACCUCCUGCACUGCUACCCUCUACCCAACUCCCCUCUCUCGGGGAUGGUCGCUUCUAGGAAAAAAGUCUUCGAGAACACCGACAGCAACUCGUCAAAAGCCUAACUAAAUUACUGUAGUUUGUGACUUAGUUGAUAUAAAAAGCAAUGCUAUGAAUUUUUGCAGAGUUGCGCAGUGGUCGAUAGAUUAUUAUUUAAUUCACCGCAUGGAAAAAAACGAGAGAUCAGUUCUUCGAAGGCUUUUUACAACUUGUACUUAAUUUGAAGUCAAUUUUUGUGCCAUGGUAAAUAGUACUAACUGUAGGAAGCUAGUACUUUCCGCAACAAAAAUUGCUGAGUAAACUAUCAUAAGGAGACUUGCAUGUACAUUGCUGACGAAGUUUAUAUUAUUUUUUGUGACUUGAAUCAAGACUAUUUUACUAUUUCUGCUGUUUUUUGAAGUAUAAAGCAUCGGUAAGAAAUGGUGCCUUCAUGCCUGCAUAACACACAUAACGCGUCACUUUUUCGGAGCUGAAUUGUCCAUUCUUACUGAUAGGAUCAAAAGAUAUUUAUUCUUCAUCAGUCUGCUACACGUGUUCAGUUUUAAUGUUGUUGCAAUACUGACGUUGUUUUAGGCUUAAUUUAAUUGACAAAACAAUUUCGAAAGUCAGUUCGGGGUGAAAUGAAUUUUUAUAUUUUU